AUGGGCUGGCCCUAUCAUGUCCUCCUCCGGGUGCUGUUCGUCUUCCUCCUGGCUUGCCAUCCAUCGCUAGGGCAGCCAUGGGACGGGGUCGUCAUCACUCAGGCGGAUUACCAGGGCCUGCAGGCCUUCAAGCGGGGCCUGGUGGACCGGCGAGGGUUUCUGAGGAGCUGGAACGACUCCGGCGUCGGCGCCUGCUCCGGCGGCUGGGAAGGGAUCAAGUGCGCUCAGGGGCAGGUCAUCUCCAUCCAGCUCCCAUGGCGGGGACUCGGAGGUCGAAUCUCCGACGGGAUCGCCCAGCUCACCGCCCUCAGGAAGCUCAACCUUCACGACAACUUCAUCGGCGGCGCUGUCCCCUCCGCCAUCGGCUUCCUCCCUAAUCUCAGAGGCCUCUACCUGUUCAAUAAUCGCCUCUCCGGCACCAUCCCCCGUUCCAUCGCCUCCUGCCCCCUACUGCAAACCCUAGAUCUGAGCAACAACUACCUCAGGGGCCCCAUUCCCGCCGACAUCGCCGCCUCCACCAAGCUCUACAGGCUCAACCUCAGCCACAACAAUCUCUCCGGCGGAGUCCCCAUCGGCCUGGCCCAGUCGCCGUCUCUCACCUUUCUCUCCCUCCACCACAACCUCCUCUCCGGCAACAUUCCCGACGGCUGGGGCGGCAGUUCUGCCUCUGGUUCGGCCGCCCACCGGCUCCAGAUCCUGAACCUAGACCACAACUUCUUCACCGGUGACCUUCCUGCUUCUCUUGGGAGGUUGCAGAGCUUGCAGGUCGUCACCAUCAGCAACAAUCGGAUCAAUGGCAGCAUCCCCGAGGACUUGGGUAAUCUUCCCGUGCUUCAGAGGCUGGAUAUCUCGGAAAACUCCAUUGGAGGAGGAUUCCCGGCUUCUCUCUGCAACCUGACCUCCCUGAUCGAGCUCAACCUCGAGGGAAACCUCCUGGGGGAUCUUAUACCCGACGCCAUUGACGGGCUCAAGAAUCUCUCUUUCCUCUCCCUGAAGGGCAACCGGUUCCAAGGGCCGAUUCCGGCGACCAUCGGUAACAUCUCCGGCUUGUCUCGUCUCGAUUUGUCGGAGAACAACUUCACCGGGGUUAUUCCGGGGACUCUCGCUAGACUCACAAACCUCAGCCUCUUCAACGUCUCCGACAACAACCUCUCCGGGGAGGUCCCCUCCCUCCUCUCCGAGAAAUUCAACUCCUCUUCUUUCAGAGGAAAUCUUCAGCUCUGUGGGUACAAGGGUUCGCCCCCCUGCCCGUUGACUCCUCCUCCGAGCCUCCCUCCGACGACGAUGACGACCCCUGAAGCUCCGAGAAGCGGCGACGGCCACAGGCUGAGCACCAAGGACAUCAUUCUGAUAGUCAUCGGAGCCGUCCUCUUCCUCCUCCUGGUUCUCUGCUGCGUCCUCCUCAUUUGCCUGAUCAGGAAAAGGACUGACCAGAGCAGGAAGAGCGCCGCCGCGGGGGCGGCCAGCAGAGGGGAGAAGGCGGCGCCGUCGAGCGGGACCGAGGUGGAGUCAGGCGGAGACACUGGCGGGAAGCUAGUCCACUUCGACGGGCCUCUGGUUUUCACCGCCGACGACCUUCUCUGCGCGACGGCGGAGAUCAUGGGGAAGAGCACCUACGGGACCGUGUACAAGGCCACCCUCGAGGACGGGAACCAGGUGGCGGUGAAGCGCCUGAGGGAGAAGAUCGCUAAGAACCAGAAGGAGUUUGAGGCCGAAGUCAACGUCCUGGGGAAGAUCCGGCAUUCCAAUCUCCUCGCCCUCAGAGCUUACUACCUAGGCCCCAAGGGAGAGAAGCUCCUGGUGUUUGACUACAUGCCCAAGGGGAGUCUCGCCGCCUUCCUCCACGGUGAGCUAAAAAUUCCCAUCCCUCACCCGUUGACCUUUUCACUAUUUCUCUCUCCUUCUCUCUCUAAGAUCAUCUGUGUGGUGGGGGUGAUGCAGCGAGAGGGCCUGAUACGCCCAUUGACUGGCCGACGAGGAUGAAGAUAGUGAUGGGGGCGACGAGGGGGCUCCACCACCUCCACACCCACGAGAACAUGGUCCACGGGAAUUUGACCAGCGGGAACAUCCUGCUGGACGAGCAGGUCAACGCCAAGAUCGCUGAUUACGGGCUCUCCAGGCUGAUGUCGGCCGCCGCCAACUCCAACGUGAUCGCCACCGCCGGCGCGUUGGGUUACCGCGCCCCGGAGCUGUCUAAGCUCAAGAAGGCCAGCGUGAAGACUGACGUCUACAGCCUGGGGGUGGUCAUGCUGGAGCUCCUCACCGGCAAGUCCCCCGGCGAGGCGAUGAACGGCGUUGACCUCCCACAGUGGGUCGCCUCCAUCGUGAAGGAGGAGUGGACCAACGAGGUCUUUGACCUCGAGCUCAUGAGGGACGCGGAGGGGACCACGGGGGACGAGCUGCUCAACACUCUGAAGCUGGCUCUCCACUGCGUUGACCCCUCCGCGGCGGCGAGGCCGGAGGCCCAGCAGAUCCUCCAGCAGCUGGAAGAGAUCAAGCCGGAGUUGGCGGGCACCUCCCCGGCGGCGCCCUCCUCCGCCGCCAAUGGAGGAGGUGACGACGACGAGAAGAAUCCCGCCGGCGGCGGGUCAACAUCCCCGCCGACAGACGACGACCAGAAAUCAUAG